AUGUCGCCACCACAGAAAGAACUCAAAGGCAUCCUCGUUGCCCUCAUUACCCCCUUCACCCCUGACAAGAAGCAAAUCGACUUCAAAGCACUCGAUGAGCACAUCAACAGACUUAUCGACGCCGGUGUCCAUGGACUAGUCCCAGGAGGCAGUACUGGAGAGUUCACGGUCUUAUCUGGAGAGGAACGAAAGGCUCUACUGGAAGCAUGCGUGAAGUCAGCAGCUGGAAGGGUACCUGUCGUUGCUGGUAUUGGUGAUCUGUCCAUCGAACGGGCAGUCGAAUUCGCUGUCCAUGCUGCUCAAGCUGGCGCUGCAGCAACCAUGGUCGUACCGCCGUUCUACGACGCAUUGUCUUUGGACGAGCUGCAUGGCCUCCUCAGCGAAAUCCAUCAAUCGAGUGGCCUCCCAAUCGUCUACUACAACAUUCCUUCAGCUAGUGGGAUGAAGUUGACUCCGGAGGAGCUCUCUAGUCUGACCAAGUCUGGCGUGCAAUACAUGAAGGAUACGUCUGGAAAUGCGCCGGACCUGACUGAAUUGCUGUUCCACCGACACAACGAGAUCACGACGUUCAAUGGUUGGGACACACUCACCUUCUACGGCUUGGCAGGAGGCGCAAAAGGGUCGGUCUGGGGCGCGACCAACAUCAUCCCGGAGCUGUCUAUGGAGCUGUGGGAUGCUGUUGCUGUGCAGAAUGAUAUCAGGCGUGGGCGAGAGCUGUGGUCAAAGAUCUGGCCGGUGUGUCAUCUCCUGGAGCAAGGAAACUAUGCGGCUGCGGUGAAGACGGGGAUGGAGUUGCGAGGAUGGUCUACGGGUGGGGUGAGGAAGCCGUUUGCGCUGCUUCAGGGCGAGAAAAGGGAGAAGCUGGCGAAGGCUUUGAAGGAUGCGGGAGUGAAGGCGGUUUGA